GGCUGACAGCUAGUAUCUGUCUCUCUCUUCACCGACGGAGUCCCCCGCCAUGAGCUCUGCCAUCGCUCUUCAUCGUCCAUUUCAUCGCAGUUCUCUCACAGCAUUCCGAGCCACCGAAACUAUCAAACUUUCUUCGCGUUUCGUCCAAUUGUCCUACAGAUGCUGCCUCGGAAACAUUUCAUUGACGAAUUCUCUGCUGAGAAUUGGACUUCGGCAGGUAUCCUCUGAGCUUCGAGAUCCUCACUCGUUCAAACUUAGGGUUUUCUCGAACGAUUCUCAGUUCGGGCCUUUGCCGGAAGAGAACGAAGUGCAGGCGCCGAGUUUCGCCGAGUUUAUCACUUCGGAGAGGGUGAAAGUGGUGGCGAUGCUGGCCUUGGCUCUGGCGCUUUGCAAUGCGGACCGAGUUGUGAUGUCGGUGGCGAUCGUUCCUUUGUCUCUCUCUCACGGAUGGAGCCGAUCGUUUUCUGGUAUUGUUCAGUCAUCUUUCUUGUGGGGAUACCUGAUCUCGCCAAUAGCUGGAGGGGCCCUAGUGGAUUAUUAUGGCGGUAAGUUAGUCAUGGCUUGGGGUGUGGCUUUGUGGUCACUAGCUACCUACCUUACUCCUUGGGCUGCGGAGACUUCUUUGUGGGCCCUCCUUGCGAUGCGAGCUCUGCUUGGCGUUGCUGAAGGAGUAGCUCUUCCUUGCAUGAACAAUAUGGUGGCCAGAUGGUUCCCUCAAACAGAACGAGCCAGGGCUGUCGGACUUGCAAUGGCUGGUUUUCAGCUUGGAAGUGCUAUAGGACUCACACUUUCUCCCAUCCUCAUGUCACGCGGUGGUACAUUUGGACCAUUUGUUAUAUUUGGAUUAUCUGGAUUUCUGUGGGUUUUGGUAUGGAUAUCUGCAAUAUCAAGUACUCCCGACCGAAAUCCUCAGAUAUCAAAAUAUGAAUUGGAGUACAUAUUGGACAAGAGGCAAAAAUCCUUUCCCAUGGAGAAUAGACCUAAGACAACAAAAGUGAUCCCACCUUUCCGGCGCUUGCUUUCUAAACUGCCAACAUGGUCCCUAAUCGUUGCAAAUGCUAUGCAUAGCUGGGGCUUCUUCGUUAUUCUUUCCUGGAUGCCCAUUUAUUUUAACAUGAUAUAUCAUGUUGACCUCAGACAAGCCGCAUGGUUUAGUGCUGUUCCUUGGAGUAUGAUGGCUAUCAUGGGAUACUUUGGUGGUUUGUGGUCGGACAUGUUGAUACAAAGUGGUAUAAGUGUCACUUUGACUCGCAAGAUCUUUCAGUCGAUUGGUUUUCUUGGUCCUGGGAUUGCUCUUAUUGGUUUAACCACAGCAAAGCAUCCAUCAAUCGCUUCUGCUUGGCUUACUUUAGCCGUCGGUCUGAAAUCUUUCAGUCAUUCCGGUUUUCUUGUGAAUCUUCAGGAGAUUGCUCCACAAUAUUCUGGCGUAUUACACGGAAUGUCGAAUACAGCUGGAACAUUUGCCGCGAUUGUCGGAACAGUUGGAGCUGGUUUCUUUGUUGAGCUGGUGGGUUCUUUCCAAGGAUUCCUAUUACUUACAUCACUACUAUACUUUCUUGCUACCCUUUUCUACAUCCUGUGUUCUACUGGAGAGAGAGUAAACUUUGAUGAAACAGUUUCCUGAUGAGAUUGAGAUUUGAUGAUGCUGUUGCUAAACACCGUAUGUAGUUGAUCGAUAGUACGGCCAGCUGUGACUAAUGGUAACAAAAGCCUCCGAUGCCCGAAAAAAGGCGGAGAAGGUUGGAAAAUGGGAAUUUUCCUCUAAAAAUUAGUAGUUGAAAGAGAUGUACAGUACAGUACAGUACACUACAGUGGAUUCUAAAGAACUGUCCUGCUGGGAUCAUCCGCAGUUCUUUCUCCCUGAUUUGUCUUUGUAUUCAUAUAUAGAUUCUCACCUUGUUCA